UAUUCACUGAGACUCAUACUUGAGCUUUUAUUAAAAGAAAUGACUGAUAUACACUGUCUACCAGUUGAGACUCUCGUAGAAAUACUAGUUAAAACUGAUGGCACGACCCUAGGUAAGUGUCGGAGAGUGUGUAAAAAAUGGAAAGAAAUUAUAGACGAUGUGGAUUUGCUUUGGGAAAAAAUUUGCACAAAAGAAUACAAGUAUCCCUCGAGGAUCGCCAGAAAACGUUGCGGAAAUGACACGAGAUGGUAUCACUUAUACAAAAAUAUUAAAACUUGGUCGAAUGUUAUGUCGUACGAGAUAAAUAUUCGUGAAUUCUACAAAUUCAGUUUGAAUGAUAAAUCGCAUGCCCUAGCCAUUGAUUAUGGAGUACUACCCCUAAAAGACACUAGAGGAGUGGUGCUGUACGAUAUGAAUAACUUAAAGUAUAUACCUGUUGCGGUUCCAGAAAGGAACUGCCUUAAAAUAGCAAACAAUGACCAUGUCAGUGUUGUAUUAGUGAAGUCCGGUAUCUUUGUUCAGAAAACUGUUGAAAAUCAAGAAAAUAUGUCUGAAGCGUUCUUCUAUGCUGAUGAUUUCGUACUACACGGAGAGGAACUGUAUUUCUACAAUAACCGGGACAUAUAUAAAUGUGAUUUAAGUUUCCAUAAUUUAUCAUCGAGAUUGAUUUUGCACUGUAAUUAUGAUAUCAAAGCAUUGCAGUACAGUGAUUGUACAAUUCACGUAUUUACAGACUGCGGUAAAAUAGUAAACAUAUCUAAAGAUCUCACUGUCAAUGUGAGACCUUUAAACUGCCCCCCGGAAUGGAUAAAACAAAUAAAACAUAUAUGUCCAAUUAAUGAUAAAAACUUUGUAUGUUACUCAAGAAAUUUAUUCAAGAUUGAAACUGACAAAUAUCGACAUUUAUAUUUGGAUUUUCCACCUAUCACUGCCCUAUUCUUUUAUGGGGACUUUGUUUUGAUUGGUACAAGGGCUGGAGAAAUCUUGUUAUACCGGUUGUCCAGUCAAAAGAAGGCUACAAAGCCGAUAUUCGAGAAACUAUCAGAGUUACCAGACGGAAAGUUUGCUGUGCAAUUGGAUGUGUGUGAAAGAAAGUCUGGACCAGUUAUUGUGGCUGCAACAUUCUUUGAGAUUCUGUUGUUGGAAAUAGAUUUCUUUCCUUAUGAAAAAGAAAAUAAAACUUCAUUCGAAACGAACAAGUUACAAAUGUACAAGCGUAUGUUGAGGCUACGGGAUAGAUUACGUGUUGGAAUACCGUCUCUUAAAGCCAUUUCUUAAUAAUAAACAUUAUUAAAUCAGGAUUAAUGUCUCAGCAUACACGUUGGCAUAUUUUUGCUGUUGUUAAUCAGCCUAUGCGUUUACAGUUCACUUGGUGUGAAGAAGAGUUCACGGAAACAUUUUUAAUAAUUAAUAAUUCAAAAUUAUUAUAUAAAUAACACGUCCAUGCCGCUACUACUGUGAUUGAUGUCAUAAUCGUUUUUAUUAAUAAUCUUCAUUAGGCUUCUGCUU